ACUGUGCUUGGUGGCGGAACUCCCCAUGACGUCAUUGCAAUGGGGAACUGCGCAUCAACUUUCUGAAACUUGAACACAUCUCACCAUCAUGAAUUCCAAUCCAGUCCAGAUAAUUGCUGUUAUUCUCUGCAUAUCAUCAUCUGUCUAUGCGCAGGAUAAUCAGACGUACAAUAACUGGGGUAGUCGCGUCGCUGGAAUUGUGAUCGGUUCCUUGUGUUUACUAACCAUCAUCGCAUGCUGCUUGGCUGUUCGUCGGCGACGUUCGAUGCGAAAUGUCACCAUGAAACCGGCUUUACCUGCCACGAAUGUUCAAGCAGGCCAAUCUUACUCCCUUCCGCAAUGGAACGGAGCGCAGAUGUAUGCACCUCCAUCGGGACCUCCACCUGGCCAUUCAUACAACGUUGCGAGUAUGAGUCCUUAUGAAUAUGAUGCGCAUCCUGGAUCACAGCCCGCUCCCCCUCCAUACGUGAAAGAAGGAGAUGGAGUCAUCAUGCCGCAGGACGGCUAUUACUCCUCGCCUUCCGGGCCUCCGCCUCCUGCACAUACGAGAGACAACAGUCAUUUUGUAGGAGGUCUCAGAAGCUCUUCAUAAAUUGCGGAAUGAUUCCGCGGCAUCUAUUUUUGCUCCCGACAUUGUACGAUCAGCCCUCAUGUCUUCUGUGUGUAUGAUACAGGCAGCUUAUCCAUAACUUAAUCAAAUCUUAGUAUACACGUACGGCCUUUGGUUGACACAGACGUUCACACAAUUUAUUCCAUCGAAUGAGCUUCGCGAGUUCCUGUGUGUAAAAUACUACCCGGCGGUUCAUCAAUCACCAUGUCCAGUGACUUUCCGAC